CAACCCGCCACGAAAACUGCCGAGACUUCGAGGUGGUCUCAAACGAGAAGAACCAGUGGACAUCGAUCUCAACGACUGUGUUCUCUUUCAUGUGCGUUCGAUACAACCCGAUAAGGCAUGAAAGCAUGCCUGUGCUUAAAAAAGCAAUUGUGUACAUGUAACUAUACCACACACACUUACCACGUAGUCAGAUGCGUGCCCGCCUCCUACGACCGUUUAUUGACCGAUCUUGGCCUUUAUCGAUACGAAGCGUCUCAUUGACCUUCUGACAUCGUGACACAUACAUACACCCAUAUAUAUAUAUAUAUUGUUGCUACUGCUUGCAACAGUUUUCUCGGACAGUGAUAGUAAGACCAUCCAGAUGAACCGUAGACUCACAUCAGUCCAGAAUGGCUCGUUUUUCCGGAAUAGCUACAAUGCUGAUGUGGGCUGGUUGGCUUUGUCGUGUGCGAUUCGUGCUUUAGUUCACAUGCAGCACGCAAGUGACUAACGCCUACUAUUUAAAAUGGCUAACAACUACCUAAAUGGCUACUGUUGACCGCUGUAGCUUUCUCGGCGUAGGCAACGUGGUUGUAGUCGUUGUAGUUGCUUAGAUAGUGCUGCUCCAAAAUGACGCGCACUGAUGCAAACUCACGAACCCGAUAACGCUUCCUCUGGCCCGUGUGAGAAGGAACCAGCGACAAGCCUGCGUUCAGACGCGCGUGGACACCGCAGUUACAUAAAUGGAUAACGCCGUGUAGUCGUAGAGUACGUUGAGCAGAGAUGUUGCUGAGUCCGCAAAGUUUCGCUUAUCCAGGCCCAAUUCAAAUCGAGUUCCCGGCCAAAGAUAAUGCGGUUAAUAGUCCCGACUCCAAGUUCGAUGAGAUCGCUGUCGAGUUCCGAUCCCUGAGCCGUACCUCGCAGACAAGUCAACAAGAGCCCGGAUCCAGUAAUAUUGGCAGCUGUCAUGAGUCACAGGUUUGCUACGGGGAUCCGGACGGGCAGGAUCUGUCGGAUGAUGUCAAAACGGCGGAAUUAGCUGCUAGCGACGGCGGACGGGACCCGGAAACUAACAGUUUUGGGACCAAUCUUGCCGUGCCACGUCAUAGCGAGGUUAUCGGCGAAAAAGCGUAUCAUCCUGUGAAACGAGCGUGGAGUGUCAAUUGGAGCGUCGACGUGAAGGAUAAUGAAAGCCGAUUACCAACGCCGGAGCCGCCGGGUGUUCAACAGGGGACAUUGCCUGCAUUAGGACAUGCCACUCCCGGCGGAGGCCACGGGAACAUUGGAGGCGGCCAUGGCAGCGUCGCUGGUCAUGGCGAAGGCAACCUCGAUGAUGGGUACCACCAUCGUACGGCUAAAAAAUACCUGAGCUCAAUGCUAAGCACGAUCUACUGUGUUUUCCUUGUCUGUAUGGGUUCAACAUUCUGCGCCACCGAGAGCGUCCUCGAAAAGCGCCACGAGCAUGGGGAAAGGAAUCACUCGGUGAAAAUCUUCAGUAUUCUCGUUUCCCUUAUUGGAAUAGGCUGGCUGUUUGCUCUGCACAUUGACAUUUUAUGGUACAAGAACUCCGCCAGUAGACAGGUACGAUCUCGAACAAGGCCAAGUCAGGGGAAUCUUUAUAUGCACUCGACAGCGAGUGUAUUUAAACAGCAAGCAAAACGGAAUCUUCAGCCUCAGCUAUGGUUUCUCGAGGGACGCCACAGCGGUAGCUUUUACCUUAAAGGCGGAAUGGUUGUAUUUUGUUUCUGCCACCUGAUUAACGAAGGUCUUCAGCUCGAACAGUACAUUCAGCUGGUCUGUACAGACGGUGCACAUACGAAUAAUGUUCUUGGAGUCGUCUUCCACGUGCUGCGACCCAUUUAUGCAUUUUAUCAACUCUUCAUGGCCUUCAAGUACUCCAAUAUUGUCAUCAACCACUCCAGGCAUAUUGCGCGGUUUGGGGCAAUGCAUCUGAUUGCUACGUCGCUCUACUUUUGGUUUUUCUCAAUAGUCGAAGAAUACAAGCACGCUGAACACGAUUCUUCUGAAAUGAGCCGCGGUCAUCUUCUCAGUCAUCACGGUAACGACUCACUUGUUGUUAGCCUGGUUACCGCUGUCAGCGAAGCCAUUCAUGGGAGCAAUUCGUUGUCAAAUCACACCAGCUAUACGCCGACCCACCAUGCGGUGAGUCAGCGUGAGGAACGUGCCGUACACUCGGGGCAUGAUACGCGCCACGAUACUGGCGGAAAUUCAGGACACCACGGCAAAGAUCAUCAUGGUUCGAAUAUCACGGGCUUUUUACAGCCAUUUACUGUUGAAUACAACAUUAUCCUAGCCGGCGUCUGGUUUAUCGUUUGGCAGAACAUCGGAAGAGGUCCUGAAAUUCAGAUACGACGUGAAUCAAUCUGUACAACGGGUCAGGACGCCCGCUAUCAAAGCAAUCUUGUCGUAAGCGCCGAUUGCCAUGCAUCAAAUAAAGGCCUAUUUGCCGGUCUCUUCUUACUUCUCGUAUCGGUGGUAGCUCUUGUCAUUGCCCAGGAGGCCCAACGUUCCAACGAGGGUUCCCCGCAGGUCGUGCUGGUGCAGGAACGUUUUCGGCGUGCGGAGCUAAUGAUAUUCCUGGUACAAGACAACAUUCUCGUGAUUGUCGCUUUACUGGCGGUCUGUUGGGCGUACUGGCAAAUACGGACGCUUGACUUCAGCGUGCACCCAAUCACGCUGCUUGACGACGUACUCCUCUACGUACCUCUACCGUUCUUCUUUCUCUACUUCUUCAUGUCGAUGAUAGCUGACGUCUACUCACAGAAACUGUCGCGAGUCAGUAGUAACGUUAUCACCGUAAUACAGGUCGUGCUUCAAACACUCUUUCUGUCAGACGGUUUGCGACGGUGUAGUAACCAACGGAGGCAUCAGUUUCUGAAACCUGGCCGUGAACUGGUUACCUUUCUCAUCAUCUGUAAUAUUACCAUGUGGGUAACCACCACAUUUAAAACAGACACCCAACACGAAAGUGAAAGCGCUGAGUUAAUCUUCGGAAAGAGUUGUUGGAUCCUAAUUAAACACGCCACCCUUCCACUAAUGCUGUUCUACCGUUUUCAUUCAUCUGUUUGCCUCUCGGAUAUCUGGAAAUCCGCCUAUGAGACAGGCGAGUAAGCGGGGACUCGGUGUUUUCGAUAGCAGACACAGGUAGCGGAGAAAACUCAGCAACACGGCGCACUUCUGUGAUAGCUAAGUUUCCGGCUUCUAUCCAAGUUCCACGCAACGUUCGUGCCUGUUAGAUUUGCGAAGGACUACUAUGUUGGUCAGCGACAGUUUGGCCUGUAAUAACCGUGACAAGGGUUCUCAUUGAUCAUCCUAUAUAUAUAUAUAUAUAGGAUAUAUAUAUAUAUAUAUAUAUAUAUAUAUAUAUAUACGUGGGCGUAUAAUUGAAGUCGUUCAAUUCGCUUCGACAGCGUUUCUCUUACCAUUAGUCAGUAGCUAGUGUGGCAAGCAAAUCUCUUUCCGCGGAAAAAUGUGAGGCCUCACGCAUUCAUAGAUGCGUAUCCGGCAAAAUGUCUUAUUCCUUGAUCAGAACGUAGUUUUUAACCAAUACUUUUGUAACCUCACUUCACAGAGCUGUUAGUAAGUGCUACCAUGGUAGGUUGACUAAAGCACGGCGCUAUAACUUGGCGAUCGCUGAAUCGCAGUAUUAAUGUAUGAACGUGAUAUGAACGCAAUAAUAUGACAAAAGUUUGUCUGUUUUUUUUUUUACUUUUUAUUAUAAUAAUGUAAUGCUUAUACAAAAGAUCUGUCCAUCAAUGUAUGUGAUGUUCUGCGUACUGCAUGAAAUAGCAGAUUCUUACCAACAUAACCAACAUGCAAUUCGCCUUGUACAGUAAUAAACAGACAAUAUAAUAACUAAAAACAACAUCAAUGAUAGGUAAACAAUCAAAAAGGCAUAUUUACGCAUGUACGCGGCGACGUCAGAGCAGAUCAAAAAAAAAUAUGGAACGCCUUUUAUCAUUCAGUUUGUUUGUGUAUUUGCCACUGCUCGAGAAGACGGACCCCUAUGUUGUUUCAUACUGAUAACUUUGUUGACGACGAAUCUCAAUUGAGAUUUAGGUAGGCAAUUAGGGAACGUACAAGACAUAUAAAUCCCCAAAACGAAAAAAACUUUAGCUGUGAUGAACGUUCUAAACGAGCACAGUCUAUAGGUAUCCUUUCUAUGCGAAUGAAAAAUCUGUCAGAGUCGUCUAAAAAACAAGCAACAAUCACCAACAAUUUUAAUUCUAAUCAAGUGACUCGAAGAGACUCAUCUCUUUUUUGUACAGAACAUCGUGAGGAACAUAUUAGAAAUGCAACGCUGAACGUGUUUUAGUAUCGGCCACAAAAAUGAAACAGAACGUACCAAUAUGGAAUUAAGAAAAGAUCCGCAAGCGUAGUAAUACGCCAAAAUGUGCCGUGUGAAAAAUCAUAGUAAUGCAGCCAUCACUACUCUAUUCUUUAUAGUCACGAAUUAAAUAACGAGGACAAUAUCCGCAGGACUAACGGUACUUCAGCUUUCUGAUCGUUUUUUGUCAUGAUCAAUUAAGCGAUGCAACGGAAUUUUACCGUAAGGUAACGAAAACAGUUUAGUUUGGAAGCGGAUUCUUAUUUACGUAUCGAGUCGUUUUAACAUUUAGAUCAAGCCACGCGGACUCGAACAUUAUAAUGAAAGUAAGCGUUUCCGUAUUAUUGAACUUGUUAUAAACUAUCCUCAAUCACACCCAUAUGACUUGAAUCCGCAUUAUAGAUACAACUGUAUCUGUGGUCGUAAUAUAGAAUCAUUUUAGUUUCUGCGACUAAUAUUUAUUCCUUACCUAACAUAACUAUACGGCUUUCAUAUAAUAAACAUGACAUUUUCGAAAUAAACA